UUCAAAAGAGCAAUGUUAGUUUUCUGACGCAGAAUCCACUAUCAUAAAAUUAUAUAUGAUGAUUUAUGUAAUUAUAACAGAUACGUGGUUAUAUCUUGACUGAGAAACAGUCGAGAUUUGUUCUUUGAUGAAUUAUCAAUCGAUUAAACAUUUACUUUUUAAUAUUUGCCUCAAUAGUUAUGAUUCCAUGCGAUUUCAGUUGCCUGUAACAAGGCGCAAACAUCGCCGAUCCAAGUUGAUGACCACUAGUGGCGAGCUAAUAAAAAUAUCUCGAUACGGUUUUUUAUGUCGGUGAAAAAAUUAUUUGCUGUGAAAAUAAAAAUAUUUCUUGAACAAUUUUUUUUUUUAUUCCCAUAUUUGAAACGUCAGCUACACUUCAAUAACAUCGCGGAUUGUUAACGAGUCUGUUCACAUGACAGACUACAGCUGUAAUGCAGAUUAUAAUACGCAAACCCAUGCCACUAAAGUUUCAUUACGGAAUCCCCACUUUUUUUUUUUUUUUUUUAAUCACUCUUACUUAUUUAAUGUAAACAAUGACCCUGACUGCCGUUGGUAUACCUCAUCGGUAGGUUUAUAUAAAUUCCUGUAAUUCCGCACCGAUGAACACUUUGUAGAACGACUCUGUAACUUCGAACAUCAUGAAGUGUCUUUCUAACUUUGCGGCUUUAGUAAUAAUAGCCGGCUUUCUCGUUCAAGAUUCCCACGCUAAUGACAACUGCGAUUCUAAUGACAAGGUGGACAUGUACUUACUGAUUAGAAACUACGUCAAAGGUGUACAAUGUGUGCCAGAUUUAGUUUUGGAAGCAGGUGAUCUUAAGGGUGGAGAAUUUAGCGUAAUCUACACGAAUAUUUCCACGAAUUACGGUCAGUCGGUAUUUGAAGGUCUGUAUGCUCAGGCCAAAAAUGGGACCGAGGAUCUGGUGUGCGCUGUUCAGAGUAUCAAUAAUGAACUUCAGAAAGCGAUUAAAUCGAUAGAAAGGAAUCACCGACCGAUCUGCCUUACAGAUCUUAUUAGAAAUCUGACCAACCAAUGUCGAACAUUUCUGAAAUUGUUACCCGGAAAUGUGCAAAUCAAAAGAAGGGCGCUACCAGACUUACCAACACCAUAUACAGAAGUUGUAUCUACAACAACGAUCCGACCUCUGAGCGACAUUUUCAUAAAUUUUGCUGAAUUAUUGAACAAGGAUUUCAGCAAUUUGCUGGCAUACAUUUUUCAAAUAUAUGUAGCCGGUUGGGCAAACGUUCGAAACGAUUUCAACACGUUACAAGAGCAAUUCCGAAAUGAGUUUCUAAAUGACUGGGCGCUGAAGGAUUAUAAAUGCAUUGUGGAGAGCGUAUAUGCCCACUGUGAAACAAUCAAGAAUAACGUCGAGCUGGAACAGUGGGAAGAAUUCAAAACUGUCGGUGAUCAGAUUAUCGCGAUUUGGAACGAUUACCAGGCGUCGAAAAAUAAAAAUUGCGACUGAGAAAGCAUGAGCUGCAAAACUUAUUCGGCGAGCAUUGAGAUAUGUUAUACCGCCAUUCCGUUCACAUUAUUUCUGUAAGGACGGCGAUAACUCGUUUCAGAUAAAAUUAAUCAUUUAUUCUUACUAUUCAAAGUAUUUAUUCAUUAUUGGAGCAGAUUGUAGAAAUCGUGACAAGACGUGAUCAAACACUGAACAUACCCGAUCCUCCAGGAACGAUAAGCUUCUAUCACUAGAGCUUAAUUAAUUUAUUAAAUCAUUCCGAAUCCAAAUUGCGUCGCGCGUUAUUCACGCUUCGA